AGGAGGAAAAUUUUAACACUUAUCCCCUUUGCUCUCCCUCUGUUACUCUCUUCCAUCUUUCAUUCCAGGCUCGCUCGUCUGGGUUCCGGUCUUGUGGCUUUCCGGGCUUCCGGUGGUUGUGGCUAUUGUGUCAUUCCAUUUGGUUUUGCCAUUUUUGCUGAUAAGUUCAUAGGUCGUCAAUGGUUUUACUACCUAACAAACUAUGAGGAUGAACUUAUUCAACGCCCUUUCGCUCGAAAACGACAGGGAGGACUCUUUACUUGGCUCCGAGUUUCAGAUAUUCAAUGACCACGUCGAGCUCAGCGACCGAAUUCGAAAAACUUUAUACUAUGGCAAACUUCCUAACACUGACCGCCCGUCUCUGGCCCUAACUGGGAUUUCUGUGGAAAUGUUCUCCAAAGUGCUGCCAAAUGAUGGACUGAAAGUGCUUGACAUGCACUAUGCAGCGUCUGUAGCAAGGCGUGCCUGCAUCACUCCGUGCUCAAUGAUGUUAGCUAUGGUGUAUCUGGACCAGUUGCGACACAAGAACCCGCAGUACCUGACUAUGGUGUCUUCCUGUGACCUUUUUCUGGUGUCUAUGAUGGUUGCCUCAAAGUUCCUUUAUGACGAUGGAGAAGAGGAUGAAGUGUUCAAUGAUGAAUGGGCAGCCUCAGCUAAUAUGGAGUUGAAGGACUUGAACCAACUUGAACGGGAAUUCCUUGCUGCAUUGGACUGGAAUCUGUAUGUAAAACCAAUGACCUUUUCAAGGGUGCUGGAGAACGCUGAAAAUCGGAUAGCCCAUUUGGAAUCCCGGAGACGAGGAUGGUCAACAUACACAGACAUAUGCGUUUUAAGUAAAGGAGCAGCACUCUACCGAUGUUGGUUGUUGGUCUUUGACGGAGUCAUCAAGGUAAUUGCUGUGUCUUCUGUAGCCUACAUCGCGGCGGCCCUGACCAUCUUCGGUUCAGCAGUUGUGGUCGACAGGUUGGUGGGGGUGAGUCACCGUCUGGCGGCCCAAACGUGGGAUGUGAAGCUUCCAGCUUCAACCUUCUCUGGACCGAUUCAAGCCAAUACCACCUGCCACGGAAUCGUAUCGUCGUUUGCCACUCAGCCAGUACCAGACGACAGUCUGCCAGACUCCCGUGAUCCUCUGGUUGUCCCUCUACCCCCAGCACUGACGGCAACCUGCAUCUUCCCGAAUGUGCACACAAUCUCGAAUGGAAACAUUGGCACCUUGGGAUUUCAUGCUGGAGGUGCACUGAAGCAUAGGUGGAUGCGAAACUGUGUAGGGAAUGUGCUAGAUGGGGGAGGUCAGAAUGCCAUUUACAAUCCGCUCAUUUCUGGAUGUGCUGGUGUUGUGGCUACUUCGUAAGAAGUCGCUACCGCAAAACAUUUUUACAACAUUCGUGCCUAAUUACUCCAAUCAGGAACUCUACAGUACUAUGUACUCAAUAGAUACCACAGAUUGGCAUAAACUUGGGAUUUUGCAUAUUAUCUACAUACUUGUGGUGUAAGAUAAGGGAAAGAAAAUUUCCUUCAUCUGUUCAUAUGUAAAUAAACUUUGCAUACAUCACAACUGAA